UUCCUCUGUUCACCUCAUCUUUUGCCUCUCCCUAAUUUUUUUUUUCUUUUUUUUUUUGGUAAUAAUAUACAGAUUGUUAUGUGCUCAUAUUAAUAAACAAAAGUUUCCCACCUCCAAAUUCAGAAAAGCCCACAUUACAAUAAUUAUUAUAACUUUAAUUUAAUUUAAUUUUUUUUAUAUUUAAUUAUUGUGGGUUUUACUUGAUUUGUUUACUGUCAUUGAUAUGCUUAACCAUUAAUUCAAAAAACCCACUUGCACAAAAUACUCCUUAAUUGAGUAAAAUCCUGUACCCAAAUCUGGUCAGAUCUUGCUUUGUGGGAUUUUUGUUUUGGUGGGUCUUAUAUGAACAGAAAACCCAAUAUCCCUCUUUCUUCUAUUUCCUCUUCUUUUCUCCCUCAUUUUCUCAGAAAAAUUCAACAUUUUCAGCACCAACAAAAACAACAACAACAAAAAAGAAGAAGAGAGUAAAAAAGAGAGUAGAUUCAUUACAAUUUAUAAUAUACUUAUUAGAUCCAAGAAACUUUGAUUUAUUGAAGAGAAAUUAUUUGAUUGGUUCAAAAAUGGGGAUGGCAGCAGAACCAAAGUUUCAUGUUUUAGCUGUUGAUGAUAGCAUAAUAGAUAGAAAACUUAUUGAAAGACUUCUCAAGAGUUCAUCUUACCAAGUUACAACAGUUGAUUCUGGUAGUAAAGCUUUGGAGUUUUUGGGUUGGCAACCUUCAGUUUCACCAGAUAGUCAGCAGGUUUCUUUCUCUCCUCAAAAAAAGGAAGUAGAAGUGAAUCUUAUUAUCACAGACUAUUGUAUGCCUGAAAUGACUGGCUAUGAUUUACUAAAGAAAGUCAAGGAAUCCUCUUCACUGAGAAACAUACCAGUAGUUAUUAUGUCAUCUGAGAAUGUCCCUUCUAGAAUUACCAGAUGUUUGGAGGAAGGAGCAGAAGAAUUUUUCCUUAAACCAGUGCGUUUGUCAGAUGUAAAUAGCCUUAGACCCCAUAUGUUGAGAGCCAAAUAUGGGCAACAACAGCAAGACAUGCUUGAAGAUUGUCAGAUACCUGAGGUAAAACCCGCUCCUAAACCUCAACAACUACCACACCUACAACAACCGCAACCACAACCACAACCACAACCACCACCACAACAACAACAACAACAACAACAACAACAACCGCAACCACAGUCGCAACAAGAACAACAGCUAGAACAAUCGGAACAACAAACUGAUGAGCAACAACAAAAACAACAGGAACAACAGCAACAUCAACAAGUAAAUCAACAACAGAACAAUAGCAAAAGAAAGUCCAUGGAAGAUGGACUUUCACCAGAUAGAACAAGACCUAGAUACAAUGGUCUCACCACUGUGGUCUAAUUGGUGCUAUUUCAUUUUCUCUAUUGGGUAGUUUAAUCAACUAGAUUCCCUUCUUUUCUUUUCUUUUUUCCUUAUUUACCCCUUAAUUUUAUUAUAAUCAUCUUUUCUAUUUUAUUUUUCUUGUAUUGAUGAAAAUAUACCCUCAGAGGGUCUGUAUGUAGAGAUGACAAAGGAGAGAUGUAUAUUAUGAUGGGUUGGGGGGGACAGAAAGAGAGGUAUUGAUCAAUCUGAUGGAAAACCUGUAUACAUCUUACACUGAACAUAAAUGUAAUUUCCAAAUUUUGUUCUA